UGGAGUUAAACUAGUUUAUAUGAUCUCAUUACAUUUAAAUGGACCUGGACAUUUAAAUGAACACAAGCAAGUGCGUUUUAUUCAUCGGGAGCUCUCAAGAAAAUCUGAAAAUCAAUUAUAAAAUUGUUUUACUUCAUUUAGUCAAGAGGUUUGUUGGUUAAACUAUACUGAAAUUGCUUACUGGCUGUAACAUUUGGAGACGCGUGUCUCACUUAUUUUUACGCACCGUCCGCAGAACAGCGAUGUCUCAUGUAAUGGCGAGAACAGAAUAAACCCAAAGCUUCUUUCUCUAUUUUCUUUGGAUUUCAAUCUCUGGAAUUAUCAGCACAUUCGAAAGGACAACAUGACAACAAAGGAGAAGAAGGGUCAUUCAUACACUUUGGUUUUAAUGGUGACAUCUGCAGCGAUUGGGGGAACAUUACAAUAUGGAUACAACCUGGCCAUAAUGAAUGCACCGACUAUUUUUAUUCAAAACUUUGUGAAUGAGACAUUUCAGGAGCGAUGGGGAAUACAAUUGGGGGUUUAUGAAGUCACACUCAUAUGGACCUUUAUAGUCUCCAUUUUUUCAUUGGGGGGCCUUACUGGGGCCCUAAUAGCAGGUCCAAUGUCUGUACGUUUAGGGAGGAAGAAGACUUUGCUGCUUAACAAUGUCUUUCUGUUAUCAAGUUCACUGCUUGCACUGCUGAGCCGAACAGCAAAGUCAUUUGAGAUGAUUAUUAUAUCAAGAUUUUUAGUUGGAAUUAAUGCAGGGAUCAGUAUGAAUGUACAGCCUAUGUAUUUUGGUGAAAGUGCACCAAAGCACUUACGAGGAGCCGUGUCUCUAUCCUCUGCUGUAUUCACUUCAUUUGGACUGGUUUUAGGACAGGUGGUCAGUUUGAGAGAGUUGUUGGGUAGUGAGCCAUAUUGGCAGUACUUAUUGGCAAGUAAUGCCAUCCCAGGCUUCAUCCAGCUCCUCACCUUGCCCUGGUUCCCAGAGAGUCCCCGUUACCUCCUUUUUGACUGUAAAGACAAGGAGGCCUGUCUUUCAGCACUGAAGCGUCUGCGAGGCUGUGAGGUGCGGAGAGAAGAGCUGGAUGAGCUUCUGCAGGAACAGAAUGAAAUCAAAAGCGAUCGUGCCAAGCAGCCGUGGGAUCUGUUGACUGACCGCAGCGUCCGCUGGCAGCUGAUCUCGGUGGCCGUCUUGAGCAGUGCCAUGCAGCUGUGCGGUAAUGAUUCGAUCUACUUCUAUGCAUCAUAUGUCUUCCAAGAAGCGGGUAUAUCUGCAGGACAGAUCCAAUAUGUGACCAUCGGCACCGGGAUGUGUGAAUUUACUGCUUGCAUCCUGUGUAACCUGUUAAUAGAAAGGCUGGGUAGGAAGCUGAUGUUGAUGGGCGGUUAUGUUCUGAUGACAGGAUGGGCUGUAGUCUUCACUGUGGCUCUUUCACUUGAGAAUAUUGUUACCUGGAUGCCUUACCUGAGCAUGACCUGCAUCUUCACUUACAUUCUCAGCUUUGGCAUGGGUCCAGCUGGGGUGUCUGUAAUCCUUCCGACUGAGAUUUUUAACCAGACAGCACGACCUGCGGCCUGCAUGACGGCUGGAUUUCUAAUGUGGCUAAACCUCUUCAUCAUCGGCAUGAUCUUCCCUUUCCUUGUGAGUGGUUUAGGACAGUACUGCUUUGUGCCGUUUGGCACUGUAUGCCUCGUGACUGCUACAUAUAUUCACAUGGUUCUACCCGAAACCAAGGGAAAGACCCUACCCAUGAUCACUAAAGAGUUUUACAAGCUCAACUACCGUGGACACAGGAAAAUGGAUUUAGAAGCUUCAAAAGCUCAAUAUAAACUUGGGGAAAUCCUUCACUCCACUGCCUUAUAGACUGCUAAAUAUUCUCAACAAUAAAUAUAUAUUUUAGUACAAUCAUUUUAAACCUUUAACUUCCACUUAAAAAAACUUUGACCAAUUUUUAGGUUAAACUAUGAUAAUCCUGAUAGCACCCUAAGCAAAUUUAGGGUUUUGUGUUUUAAUCACAACCCAUGGACAAAAGGUCAACCUGACGGUUAUGAUGCCACUGGGUUAAACAUUUGCCUUAUAGUUUGUUGUUUUUGUUCAAUGCGCCACCUGAUGGAUGUUCUGUGAACACAUUUAUUUGAAUUCCAAGGAGACUUUUACGGCAUACCAUGGCUAUGCCGUGACAGAAAAUGCGGUGAGCCGCGGUAAAAAAAGCAUUUUUAUGGAAACAUCUAUAUGCCGAGUUUAUACUGCACAAUUUUCAAAGUAGUCAUGUCGCAGAUGUUUUCACACAGCAUGACUAUCUGGGGUAGCAUUCCGCCACUGCUGCGUUUACACUACAAGAUGGAUCGGCGACAGGGGAUUUCACACUGCAUGACUUUAGGAGAAUUGCCAACAACGCUGUCUUAGUCCACAAACUACGCCUCACAACCAAACACAAGCGAGAAGUCAUAUGUAAAAAAAAAUGGGAGGUCAUGUAGUAUUUCUUUUGUUAUUAACCACUUUAUAAGAAGCCUUCAGUGGGGUAGAAAAUGUACUUAAUUUGGUAACCUUGCUUUUAAAGAGAAUUAGCAAUUUCUCUCAAAAAGACACAGGUGCUGCUGCCAAAUUUCCACUCGUUUUUCCUUGAUUUCUUGGGUCCAGAUAAACUGAAAAUAAGCUGUCUUCUCUUUUAACUUCACCCCCAACCUCCCACUGGCCUGUAGAUACCCAUACUAGAGGAUGCUGCUCUCUCAUUGGCUGUAGCUAAUCGCUGAUGCUAUUUCCAAUUAAAAACACAUUUCACACAGCAUGAUUUUAUAUCGCAGACAGUUCCAGAUAUUAAGCACACAAAAUAUCUGACGGGGGGCAGCGACUUAUCGGUGAUUCUCUCAGAUCGCAUCUUUGUUAGUUUACGUUGUGUGAACAAACACUGAUUUGCGUGUGAUUCCAUGCGUUUGUCGGCAAUUUCUCAAAGUCUGUCGGUGAGUCAAAAUCAUGCAGUCUGAACUCGGCAUUAAUUGGUCUUCAUCCCACUGUUUACAUCUUUACUGUGUCUGCAAAGACUGUACAAUAGGGCCUAUAAGAUCCACAAUAGACUUUCUGGAUGGACACAUCAUUGUUUUGCUCUGUCACUCUCUAAUGCUCCACCAUUUCAAAAUAACAUUAUGAACACAGCGAUUAAACUGUACUAUCAAAUUUUAAAUAGGGCUACCUUAGCAGAGCUUUGUGCUUUGGUACAAAAUUAUACAAGGACCGAUCAUUCCACUACACUCUCAGAAAUAGAGGUAUGUGAUCUUUUUAAAAGGUACAAAUUUGUACCUAAAGGGCCCUACUAAUACCUCAAAAGUACAUGUUAGUACCUAAAAAGAACAAAAGUGUUCCUCUUAGAAUUUGUAGGUACUAUAAGCCUUUGAGGUACCAGUAUGGACCCUUUAGGUACAAAUGUGUACCUUUUGAAAAGGUACCACCCCAGUGACAGCUCACGCACCUUUAUUUCUGAGAGUGCAGAUGUCUAACAAAUAGAUGUUUGCCAUUGCCGGCUUUUAAAAACUGUUAUGGACAGAGAUCUUUCUUUUUUGUAUUCACGAAAGCCUGGAAUGAGAUCUAACAACAUCUAUAAACAAUACCAACGCAGAAGCUGUUUAAAAAAAAAUCCCAUACUCGUCAUCUGAUGAUCAACUAUCCCUGUAGCCACUGAGAUAGUAGCCUGUUUCUCUUUAUUUAGUGUGUUUGGUGAUUGUUUAUACUGUUCUCAUGUGUUGAUGGAUGAGAUGGUAAGGGUGUCUGUAUGUUUUUAUGUUCUGAGUCAGGCCCGAUUACUAUUUAAUCUUUUCCUGUUUAAAAAAUAUAAAUAAAUAGUAUGUGAACAAAAUGAGCCAAGUAUGAAUUCACAGAAUUUCAAAAACUAUACCAAAAUGACAUACUUCUUCUGCUGAUAUUCUGAAGGGUGCAUUUGAUGGGGGCCAUGGGGCCAAUUGGUAGUGAACCAACACAACGGACACUGGCAGGUCACAUGAUAUUGACAACAAUCCAAAUUACAUCCAAAAUUCAUUAACGGAUAAUACCGAUGUUUAAGCUAUUGUAUAUUGAAAAAAUUCUAAUUGUAGUGAUUUCCACUGUAUGUGAAUUUGGACAAACCUUGUCCUCCUGUUGUGCUCUUUUUGACUUGUAGAUUAAAUAUUAUUUUCUGCAUAGGUA